CAUAAGAACCCCAACCUCUUGAUCAUUAUCUCCAUCUCUCAAAGAACCAAAGCAUUAUUUACGAGCCAGGAAAUUAAACCAAGACAUGGCUGACCAGAGCCACCAACAACGCCCCACCGAUGCAAUGAAGGGCAUGUUCGCAGGACAAAAAGGUCAGGCUCAGGGUCCCCCUACUUCAAAAGUUCUAGCAGUCGUCACUCUCGUACCCGUCGCCGGCUUCCUUCUACUCCUGUCCGGUCUCACACUUGCGGCAACGUUUAUCGGCCUCGCUGUGUCGACCCCGCUGCUCGUGAUGUGCAGCCCUGUUUUGGUUCCGGCAGCAGCACUCAUUGGCUUGGCUAUGACCGGGUUUUUGGCAUCGGGAGCAUUCGGUAUCACCGGGAUUUCGUCGCUUUCGUGGAUAGCCAACUAUCUGCGUCGAGCAAGACUGCCGGAGCAUCUCGAGCACGCGAAGCAACGAGCCCAGGAGACAGCGGGUCAGAUGGGGCAGACGGUCACGGGGAAGGCGCAGGAAACAGCUGGAAGAGCUCAGGAGGCCGCUGGGACGGGGUGAAGAAAAAAGAACAUGGAGAAUGUUGUGUUAAUCCGAGGCCUUUAAGGUUGUACUGGCCGGCGGGUGUAGGAAAAAGAACAUGAAACUGGUCUCUUUUCGUCAG